AUGUGCAAUCGCUGUGCUGCGGACGGUGCUGAAAUGGACAGCGACCUGAGGCCAGAGCACAGUCGCCAACAGAGGACCGACCCCAGACAUUGCCACCAACACCAGCAGCAGCAUCAUCAUCAUCAUCAUCAUCAUGAAGUCAACCAGGUCAACUGUUGCAUCAAGCACGUAAUGUUCCUCUUUAACUUCGCCUUCACAGUCGUGGGCUGUCUGAUGCUUGGGGUCGGGGUAUGGGGACUCAUAGACAAGGAGUCUCUGGUCCUGGACACCAUCAACAACCUGAGCACAGACCCCAUGCUGGUGUUCGUGUCUUUGGGGCUUGUGGUCAGCAUCAUGUCUUUCUCGGGUUGCACUGGCGCUCUGAGGGAGAACGAGUGUUUGCUGAAGUUCUUCACCCUCGGCAUCAUCAUCUUUGUGACAGUGGAGGUGGUGGGUGGGAUCGCGGUCUACGCCCUCAGAGACAGGAUAGGACAAUACCUGGAGAAUGGGAUGAUCCUGGCUGUCAAGAGGUACCAGGAUGAUCCAGAUCUCAGGUUCAUUAUGAACGAGAUCCAGGAAGGACUAAAGUGCUGCGGCGUCGAGUCCUACCACGAUUGGGAGCUCAACAUGUACUUCAACUGCAGCUCCCCCGGUGUCCACGCUUGUGGAGCGCCUGCUUCCUGUUGCAUCAACCCCCAAGAAAAUGGCACCGUUAGGAACUCUCAGUGUGGCUUUGGCACUUUACAUAUGGAGGAAGUGGCAGCCCAAAAUUAUAUCUAUCUCCGCGGGUGUAUGUCACGCCUCACUAGCUGGCUUAACAGUAACAUGGGUUCCAUUGGUGCCAUUGCUGUUAUCCUCAUGGUGACUCAAGUGCUUGGACUCAUUUUUGCCACCAAGGUGUUGAGUGACAUCGAACUAAUCAAGGCGCAUUGGUAGCACAAAGGAAAGUAUUCUUUAUCAGAUCACCAAA